AUGUUGCCCCAGUUAUUAAAUUUUAUCUCUUUUGUUUCAUGUGAUCCUGGGGAUGCAUUUGCGCCUCUUCUCCGACAACAUCAGUAUAAUGCGCUCCACUGGGCCGCCAAACAGGGAAACCUGGACGUCAUCAAGCUGAUCGCAGGAACUUACCAAGUCAGUCCCAACGUAAGAUCGGUGAGUCUGCUUUUCGAAAUUCAGCUGAGAUUCGCCACCGAUUGCCAUCUCAUUACGACCGCUAAUAAUAACUCUUGCUCUGUUCCAUGUUUCUAUCUUCGUCGCCAUCGCCGCCUGCAGAGAGGGGGACAGACGCCUCUUCACUUGGCCGUCCAAUUCGGGCACGAUGAUGUUAGAGAUUUGCUCGUCAAUGUCUAUGGGGCGGACGUGGACAUCCGAGACUACAGCGGCAAGAAAGCGGCGCAGUACGAGCGGCCGAAGAGCAACUCGGAGUCGACAGAGACAAUCAACAGUAAGUUUACUGUUGGGACGGGCGAGCGUCGAGGCGUGCAUCUUGACCAUUCGCACCUGGGGGUGUCCACCCUGCUGAAGCGAUACGCCACCUUUCGGGCCAGCCUUGUGCCCAUCUCACCUAAACUGCGGCCGCGGGCCAGGCCCAAAACCUACAACUCGCCUGCUCGUUCCUCUGCGCCAAUCCAAGAAAUAAAAUCGAGAAAGAAGAGUUCAGACAAAGACCUGAGAUUCCUCCGAAUUGGCUCUCUAAAUGUCCGGGUUAAGCGGACGACAGAGGCGUUCAGCAACUUUUUCCACCACCAGCACAACAACGAGCGGAUACACAAGACCUGGGGCUCGGCCGACAACAUCCAGGAGUCAGAGCAAAACGCCAUGCCGCCACCUAAGACGCUGCCGAAGAGCAGUUCGAAGCGGCGACGGCCUCGUCGCUCGCCGUCGGCCGCCUCCAUCCAGGUGGUGAGCAAGCCAGUGGCGGUUUCGCUGCCCGUGUCCGCCGUCAGCCUCGAGCACAUCAACCUUACGUCAAACCUGCCCCCAGCCAGCGCCCAGGACUCGGACUCAGACACCGCGUGUGGAUUUGGGGACAGCUGGAAGUAGAGGCGCGAUGCAGACUCUUAAGAAGCAGUGAUAUUAUUUUAGUGCCUUGAAAUGAUUGUUGAGCUUUCGAGGCGCUCAUUCUGUAUGCAUGAUAUUUUUAGUCUUGAUGACUUUCAUUAUAUUUCCAUUACUCUCAUUCCUGAAUUGCUUGACGCAACGAUAUUGAAGGCUAAGAUUUGAAUUUAUCGAAUUUAUUGAUUCUAUGUAAAAAUAAAAGAUGCAGAUUUUAACGAA